GUUGACGGGCGGCUGCUCCGCUAGCCCUCCCUUGGCCCAGCGAAGCGCUCCUUCCCGGAGCGUCCUGUUCCUUCUGCUCCCGCCUGGGCCAUCGCCCUCCCCCAAGCCCUCUAGCUGAGGGAGCAUGAGCCAUUUGCAGAACUUACUGUUAGAUACCCUCCUGGGAACAAAGCAUGUGGACAGUGCAGCCCUCAUCAAACUCCAAGAACGAAGCUUGUGUGUAGCAUCACCAGGAUUUAGUAUAAUGCCUGGUGAUGUCCGAACACUUGUGAAUGGAUUCGCCAAGAACCCUUUGCAAACCAGAAGAGAAGGAUUGUAUUUCAAGGAAAAGGACUACAAAUGUAUCCGGGCAGAUGACUAUUCUCUUUAUGCUAAGAAUGAAAACACUGGUGUGGUUGUUGUGAAGACCCAUCUGUAUCUUCUGGUGGCAACUUACACUGAAGGCAUGUAUCCUAGUGUUUGUGUGGAAGCCACAGAGAAGCUGGGAGAAUAUCUAAGAAGAAAAGGAAAUUAAGUCAUCAGAGGACUAUGAAAGACAGCUUUUAUUAUUUUAGGAAAUAGAUCCUAAAGAAAAAGUCAUGCCUUAUUUUGUGGUUGAAAACACUAGGAAGAAGAUACUAAAAAGGAAGAAUGAGUUAAGGGAGCAAUUUUUCUUAUUUCAAGAGAUCCUCUUCUUUAAUUGGAAUUCUUUGAUAAGCUUUACUUGUUUUUUUUGUUUGUUUUUUUAAAUGUUGGCCAUUGACAUGAGUGUGACCAACCUGAUCACUGCCCAGGGCAUAUCUGUUGAGAGACUCCCCCAUGAGUGUCUUGCACUCCCAUGCAUCUUGCUGGGUAUGCCAAGAAUGCAAGGCUCUAACAACUCUUCAUCCAGACCAUUUCUCAGGGUGAUUUUGCAGAAAGCAACCUUGAACAACGAAGUAAUGCCUCCCUUCAGAACAAAGAGCAAACUUUCUUACUGCUUGCUAUAAAAGAGGUAAGUUCCCUGAACUCAGAGCUGUAAUGCAGCUCACUACAUGUGUGACAUCCAUCUGGUCCACAUCACCCCUGUAGGACUUGGGGAGAAGGGCAACACAAAGGCCACACUUUGGGCCACUAAUCAAGGUAUUUAUUGGACAUUCCACACUCCCCACCAUCUGCAGACAUCUGAUUUGUUGAACAUUGGGAAGACCUUUCAAAAGUCAACUCAAAAGAAUUUUUUUAAGAAUCAACUCAAGAAGAUUUUUUUUUUUUAAAGAUUUUAUUUAUUUAUUUGACAGAGAGACACAGUGAGAGAGGGAACACAAGCAGGGGGAGUGGGAGAGAGAGAAGCAGGCUUCCCACUGAGCAGGGAGCCCGAUGCAGGGCUUGAUCCCAGGACCCUGGGAUCAUGACCUGAGCCGAAGGCAGACGCUUAACGACUGAGCCACCCAGGUGCCCCUCAACUCAAGAUUUUUGACUUUAUCUCCUUGACUUCCUCCUAGUCCACACAACUUAGUAUGGUUAAUGAAUGCAACCUUCUCCAGAAAAGGUUCAUCUCCUCUUGGUCACCUCCUGUGGGAUGAUCAGGACAAUAAGGGUGGGGAGCUAUAGAACCUAUUUUGAAAAUUCAGGAUUCCACCCUGAUCAUUUCUGGGCAUGAUACAUCUUUCUUUCCCUUAGUGGCAACUCCAGGCCAACCUGGUUGGUACACUCUCAGGUGUCUCUGAAAAGGGAACACUUUACACCACUGUCAUCAAGUCUUAGACCUCUUGCAGUUUUUGACAUUACCAAGCAACAAGGUAUAAUUUUCUGAAUUCCAAAAACAUGCUAUCUGGGGCUUUCCAUGUAGAUCUGCCUAUAGAUUUUGGCAUCAGUCCUCAUGCAAAUGGUUUCUCCUUGUAAAUAAGCACAUUGACAUCUAGACUUUAUAACUUAGUCAUGUGGAUUAUAUACUCACUCUCCACAUGCUGUCAAGCUGGGUUUUGAGCCUCUAAGGCAGAAGGUCUGACUCUAAAGUAAUCUCUAAAGUGCUAUAGGCCAUCAUGAAGCCUCUUGCCUGCUCACCAGCUGGUCAGCCAGCCUUUCCUGGACACAUACCCACUGCACUGCUGGGAGCCUCAUGGGGCCCUUUUUAUAAACCCCCUCAAGGCAAAUGCCCCUCUGUCUGGAGCCCCCCUAUGCACAUCUGUCCAGUUACUUCCUAUAAUUCUCAUCACAAAGUUCCAACUAUAUCCAGCUAUUCAGAGAGAUCCACAAAAGUGACCCUUUGGUGGUAGCCACUGAAUUCCUGCAGAGUUGCCCAGGGACCCGAUGAUCAUCUGAAACAUCAGGGGUCUCCAAAUGAGGGAGAUUUGUGUCCUGGUGGUCCACAAAGACUUUAGAACGGACACACAGGUGCGAAUGGAUUGAAGCGAUUGAUUUUUUUCCCAGAUCUUCAAUUUCCAUAUGUACUUGCCUAAAGCUGCUGAGACUGAGGAGUCCUGUCAGCUUUGCUUCCCACCUCCCCUCCCCAAGCUCCCUUCCCCCAGGAUACAAAAGAAAGGUGUACUCUCAUCCAGCCCCAAUCUUACUGCGAUGCUUGGCUUGGAGUGCAAAACCUGCAGUGUGUGAGGAAAGGAAAACUCUUAAAUAUUUUUUAAUGUUUUAAAAUCCAUCCUCUGUUGUCAAAAAUUACAUCAUAUAUGAAGGAGAGAUCCAUGAGAAUAAAGUAAAAGGAGCAUUAGUGAGAAAUAGUGAAAAUCUUUAUAUCAUUUGUCUUGGAGAGGAAGGGUCUAUGUCUUACCUAUCUAUAUUUCUUAAAAUUCAGAAGCAAGAUGAUUGUCAUAGGACAUGUAUUAACAUGAUUUUUUUUUAAGAUUUUAUUUAUUUAUUUGACAGAGAGAGACACAGUGAGAGAGGGAACACAAGCAGGGGAUGUGGGAGAGGGAGAAGCAGGUCCCCCGCCCCGAUGCGGGGCUCAAUCCCAGGACCCUGGGAUCAUGACCUGAGCCAGAGGCAGACGCUUAACGACUGAGCCACCCAGGCACCCCUGUAUUAACAUGAUUACUUGGAUUGAAAAAUGAGAAACCUUCUCUGAUAGGAAGUAAUUUUAUUUGGCUGAUUAUUUAACAAUGAGGACUGGCUUUGCCAAUAAGAAUGUCACAGAUGUUUUUCAUAAUUAAGUCUGCAGCUUCCAGAUGUUAAUGAAAAUAUAUUUGAAGUAUAUGAUAAGGUAGAAGGACUUGAUUUUUAAAAAUUGUCUUAGCAAAAGUGUAUUGAAAUUAACAUUUUUACUUUCUGAAUCCUUUGUGAGUAUAUCAAUUUAAACAAGGUGUCUCUAAGUGAAAAAAUAGCAGAUAUAAUUGAUAAUCAUUUGAUAAAUCUUCAUGAAGCUUUUAUGAUCCCAGAAGCUAAGACCCUAACGACACUUAACGGCUGGAUAACAAAUCCUUAACAGGUUGAGUGAUUCCCAAGUCUUUGCUUUCAACAAAACUGAAGAAAGACCUAAUUAAGUUGCCAGCUAAUAGAUCAUUGAAAAUAAUUUUUUUUUAAGAUUUUAUUUAUUUAUUUGAGAGAGAGAGAGAGAUAGCGAGAGAGAGAGCACAAGCUUCAGGGAGAGGGAGAAGCAGGCUUCUCGUGGAGCAGGGAGUCCGAUGCGGGGCUCAAUCCCAGGAUCCUGAGAUCAUGAUCUAAGCCAAAGACAGACGUUUAACUAACUCAGCCACCCAGGCACCCUGAAAAUAAUUUUUGAUGAUAGAUCAUUAUAUAGUUUUUAAUCAUAUAACACAGAGGUAUUCAGAGAAUUGGCUGACAUUCCUAUAAUGAAAUUUUUCUUUCCCCAUCUAAUUUAUGUAAAUUAGGUUCCUCAGAGCUUGUCUAUAAAAAUGAAAAAUAGGAAGAGAAUUAAUGUUGAUUCCAGUCUCAUUCUAGCAAUGAGGAAUAUUCAUCCACAGACAUAAUUACUUGGAAAAAUUCAACCCCACCAAUGGUCAUUAAGAGCUAUCUUUCCAAUAAAAUCUUACUUUUCAUGUUCAAUAAUUAUUAAUAUUUAAAAUAAAUAAUAUAAAAUAUAAUAUUUUAUAAUAUAUAAAUUAUAUAUUAUAAUAUAUAAUUUAUUUUAAAAUAAUAUAAAAUAAUAUAAAAUUCAAAAUAAUGUUUUGAUCAAUUGUGGAUCAAGAAUAUUGUAAUGAUAAUAAAAUCCAGAUGAAACUGAACAUUUAGGGGCGCCUGGGUGGCUCAGUCGUUAAGCGUCUGCCUUCGGCUCAGGUCAUGAUCCCAGGGUCCUGGGAUCGAGCCCCGCAUCAGGCUCCCUGCUCUGCAGGAAACCUGCUUCUCCCUCUUCUACUCCCCCUGUUUGUGUUCCCUCUCUCGCUGUGUCUCUCUCUCUCAAAUAAAUAAAUAAAAUCUUAAAAAAAAAAAAAAAAAGAAACUGAACAUUUAGAGCCCUGUGGUCACAGGAAAUAACUUUUUAAAUUAGAGUCAGUUUUUGUACACAUUUUUGUUCCAGAUAAGAAUGAUCAAUAAAGCAUAAAAUACAGCAGUAUAUAAUUUUAUGAGAAAAACAGAAUGACAAUAUGAGUACUAGAAGAAGAAUGACAUUUAAAAACUUCCAACUGUUAGGGCGCCUGGGUGGCUCAGUUGGUUAAGCGACUGCCUUCGGCUCAGGUCAUUAUCCCAGAGUCCUGGGAUCGAGUCCCACAUCGGGCUCCCAGCUCAGCGGGGAGCCUGCUUCUCCCUCUGACCCGCUCUCCUCUCAUGCUGUUUCUCUCUCUCUCUCUCAAAUAAAUAAAUAAAAUAUUAAAAAAAAAAAAAAAGAAAAAGAAAAACUUCCAACUGUUGAAGAACUGUUUUGCACAUUUUUAGUGGAUGAUCAUAAAUAUCAAAUUGCUCUGAAAUCUAGAUUCUCCUUGAUACAUUUAAAAGCCU